UCGGCUCAGCUGCUUCAUCAACAGUCCUCUAAUGGGAUUUGGCGAAAGAGAAAUGUCAUCUCAUCCAGAUCAUGAGACCAAUGCCGUCCUGAGAGCUUCCCAUCUGCCUCUGGUUCGCUCAGCGUUACAGAUGGUGACUUCGAUGUACUCGGGGGUCAAAGCUCGCAACCGUCUGCUGGGUCUGAUGGGAGGAAUGGCCGAGGUCGGAGUUCGCAGCUUUUCCCAAGAGGCCAUGAGACGAGCCACGCCCCUCCUGCAGAGUUUGGAGCCACAGAUCGAUGCUGCCAACAGUUUUGCUCUCGUUGGUCUUGAUCACCUGGAGAAAACCUAUCCGAUCCUGAACCAGUCAACAGACGAGGUUAUGACUCACCUGAAGGACGCCUUCUUCCUGACCCUGGAUGACGUGCAGCUGUGGGUGGUGGACGGCCUGGACGCAGCUCUGGAUCAGCUGGAGCGUCUGGCCAACGUAGGCCGGGUGGCUGUGCAGCAGCUGCAGAACACUCAGGUGGGCCAGGCCGCCAUGUCGGGACUCGAUGACGUGCUGAGUCGCGUGGAGGACGCCACCGCCUACUACCUGCCCCUCCCACCCACACUGCGUCAGGAAUGGGAGCUGAGGGUGCAGCAGUACGAGAGUGAAGACGAUGGCGAUGAGCCCAGUAUGUGGACGAGGGUCCGCAGCCUCCUGCUGACUCUCAGCCUGCAGCUUUAUCACCGCCUGAUGAAGAUCAGAGAGCAGCUGCAGAGAGCCGUCAGGGCGAUGGGAGACGCUGCCGACAAGGUUGGUCUGCUUCGGGUCCUCAAGUUGUCCGGUGACCUGCUGCAAUUCCUGCAGGGCCUCCUGGUGGCGCUGGUGUACCAAGCAGAGGCCCUCAGAGAGGCCUCUCUGAAUGCGGUCAGAGUUCGGGCGACCAUGUUGGCAGAGCUGCGUGUGGUUCGUCUGGUCCGAGCAGUACCCCUCCAAAUCCAGGAGCUGCUUCAAGAGCUGAGGGAAGUGGCCAAGAUCAUCCUUCAGUUCGUGUUCAACACCACACCACUUUACGACAUGCUGCAGAAGCCAUCUCCUCAGGAGGUGGAGGAAUUCUUGAACCAAGAGGAGCUUGUAUCCGACAACUCGUCUCGUCGUGGCUCCAGUAACAGCCUCUUCCUGAAGGCCAUGGACGGCCGUCCUCGCCGCCGCCGGAGCCUGUACUCCCGCGCUGCACGAGGUUCCGGGGGUCCUGUGAGCCCCGACCCAACUAAUGGCUGUCGUCGCUCGAGUCUAAAGGAGCCCCAAGCCGCAGAGGUGGAGGGCACGCCCCUCCCUUCCGAAGGCGCCGCCCUUCGACGGCCAUCUGCCGCCGAGCUGCUCCUCGCCCCGCUCAAACAGUUCGUCUCCCAGAGCCAGAAGGCCUUCGAGUACCUGACCCCCAACUCCUCCGAAAAUGCUGCCAACGCUACAGAAACAACCGACUCCUAAACACCACGCUGAGGUUUGACCCCACCCUUAUCCCCCACCGACCGCGGCCUUUGACCCCGACCCCCGAGCGAUUACAGCCGGCCACCUCAGUCCUGGAUGAUCAGACGAACCUGCCUCAGCUGCUGCUGGUUUGUGCGUUCGUGUUCAGCCGCAAAGCUGUCACCAAAUUAUCAUUUGAUCGCUGACGCCGUUCUCGCUGUGGACAGGCGGCAACAUGCAAAACCUACAAGAGGUUUCCUAAAGGAGGUUUUUAAGACAGAAGAAAUAAAAAAGGGCCCAAGACCGAUUCGUAUGGGACGCCUCCCAAAAAACACCGUCACAUGAAUCUAGAGUAUCAGCCUGCAUCAAUGUAAUUCCAGAGAAAACUCUGUCAUUAGGUUUAAUUGGGUUUAAUGUCGAGCCACAAAGUCCCAAAUAAUCCCAGAUCUGUUUCACAUUUAGCAGAAAAUGUUCUAUAUUUAUUUCACAAUUCUUUCAAAUAUGUUAAAUGUAUGCUGUUCAUAAUCUGCUUUGCUUUGUAGAAGAAGCAAGAAGCCUUUAGCCACAUUUCAUAACCUUUUUCCAGUCACAGAGUUGAUGAGAUGUGACUGAAAGCUGUUUUGUUUUUUUGGUCAACGUGCAGCUUGGUUAUGAUGUUAUUUUGUGUUUUGCUCCUGAUAAUCAAGCACUGAUGCAAAGUGUGGAGCAGGGAAAUUAUUUAACAAUAGCAGUAAAAUAAUUUCCUGAACUUAAAGAAGGACCAAAG